AUGAUACCCGGCGACACGGAUCCAAAGACAGCCGCUCUCAUCUCAAACUUCGCAGCUACGCGUGGUAUAUCUUUUCAGGACGAAGGGUUGGUAAACUAUUUCGCUACAAUUGCACUCGACCUGGACAGCCGUGCGCAACAUAUGGAGCGAGGCGGUACGCUAACCUUUUGGGAUGAUGUGGGUACGGAUUCCGAGAUCAGUGACAUGAGCUAUGAGUGCGACGGGAGCCUCGGAGCUCCUUCCGUCGCUGAUUGCGAUCAGUUGGAAUGGCAGGGCUUGGGGAGUGCAGGCCAGAACGUCGUCCUGCAUCCGGGGACGACGAAGUUCUUUUCUUCGAUCAUAUCCUCCCCCGUCUCCGUGGACCCUAACCCGGGCCCAGCUCACCGCAGCCUUUGA